UUACAGUCAGAAUAUGCCUCUUUCAAUCAUUAUGUUUAAUAUUGGCUGAACCAUGAUUGUGAGGUAUUGCUAAAAACAAGAAGAAGAAGAAGAAGAAGAAGAAGGUUUACCCAAUUGGAUUAUGAUUGGUUUAUGCUGUUCCCAAUGCCAUUUUAGCAUGUGAAUUUAUGUUUUUUUCCAUUCAAAAUUCUGAUAUUAUAUAUAUGAUUUAGAUGCCCCCACCAACACUCUUUUGCUUUUGUUUUGCUGCAGUUUAAUCUUCUUCUUAUUUCCUAAAGUGUUUGUUUGAAAUUCUCUAAGUUAAUUUGUCUUGCCCCUUUUUUGACUCUAUCUAGCCUUUUUAUCAUUGCUUUUGGAGAUCAGAGAAAAAGAAAGUGACCCAUUUUCCUUUUCAUUCAAGGUUUUGCCCUGUUUCUGUUUGAUAAAAGGUCUCAAAGAAAGUUAAGCUGGGAAAUUGUACUACUUUUUACAGGCAUUCUGUUAUUUUUCAGCCAAAGUAGGCCAAGUUUUCUCCUUCAUUUUUGUUCUUUUUUUACUGCUUGCAUUUGUUUUUAGUGAUGCAAAAAAUCAACAAUUUUCAUUAAAAUGAACUGCUUUUGGAGGGAAUGUCAGUUUUUAAACAAACAUGAGAAACACUUUUUGUCAUAUCAUACGUUAGUCAAAAUACAUCUUGAGUCUCUCUUACUUUAGUUUGUGUAAUAGUUUUAGCUUUUGGGUUUUUAACCAUUUAAGUUAAUGACAUUAUAGAUACUCUACUUAGCAUUAAGUGAAAACACAAAUAGACAUUGAUACUAAAUACCUAACUACACAUUUGCAUUAAGGUAGUGAGAAAUUUGACCCCACUAUAUUCAUUUGGCCUUGUUACAACCCUUCUUAGACCGUUUAAUCUAUAAUUGUCACCUUAAGGGACGAGAAGAAGUACAUGGAGUAAAACGUCAUGGAAACCGAUAUCUAGAAUUGAGUAUAGUUAGGGAGAAGAAGAAGUAUAAGGACUAAGACGCCACAAGAAACAAAGAUAUCUAAAAUAGAAUAGAGUUCAAGGAGAAGAAUAAAUAUAGUGACUAAAUAGAAUAUACUUAACGGAGAUAAGUGCAUGGACAACAAUGUGACAAGAGCUAAGUUCUAAAUUAGGAUAUAUUUCAAGGAAAUAAAGUAUAAGAACUAAAAUGUUACAAAAGACAAUGUUGAAAAGAGAAGGUAGUUCCGGUAGAAGAAGAAGUAAGAGCCUAAGACAUCAUGAGACUCUGGAUCUAAAAUAGGAUAUAGUGCAGGAAGAAGAAGAAGUAUAAGGACUAAAACGUCACGUGAGCCGAGAUCUUAAAUAAGAUAAAUUUUGACCUGACUUUUUCAUGAAAGUGGAUAACAAGCUGAAGUGGGUUUGCUACCAUGAAAACAGACAAGAAAGCCUCAAAAGAGUAGCUCUUAUUAAUCACAUAAUUAAUCCAUUGUCUUUUUUUUUUUGGGUUAAAGUAUAGAUAAUCUUAACUGCUCCCUUUGAAAAUCAUGAAACAGACAACAAAAACAGACCAAAUUUCUCUUAUUGGUUCUGUUUUUCUUAAACUACGCACUUACAUGUGCAAAUUGAGGUUUAUUUGAGCCAUGUAAAUUUUGAUCACAUUCAAACAUACCUUAAAUGUUUUUUACUUUGUUUUUUUUUUUUUUUUUUCUUUUUUCAUUUUCUUUUCUUUAGGGAUUGUUCCAACUGUUAUGGGAACUUGAAAAGAAAAGACUACCAUUUUUCAAAUAUUAUAUUUGAUGAGAUUGUAAGUAAAACAAUAUCCCUGGAUUUGUACCUUUUUCUUUCAUAUCAGAGUGAUUAAAGGGAUUGAAUAAGGAAUAGUGACUUUCAAAAAAAGAGGUCUUCCAUAGAAUGACAUGUACAAUGUACUUUUUCCCCCUUUUUUUCUCCUUCACCAACUCACACUCUUUAAAAAGACCUACAAGAGCUUCCUCAAACCUUCACCCCAAACUCAAAAACUUUAUCUCUUCUGAACUGUCAUUACCCUUCAUAUUAUACUGUUUUUUUAGUUCAUUUUUUUUGCUCUAAUGGCUACCUCCAAAGCCUCAGAUAAAGGCUACCCAAUUUAUGAAACUGGUCAAUCUCAAAUGGGUUUUGCCCUACUUCAAAGAAACUCAUCUCCAAUAUCUCAAAAUGGAGGUGAAAGAAGAGGUAGAAGAAAACAAGCUGAACCAGGAAGGUUUCUUGGUGUAAGAAGAAGACCUUGGGGAAGAUAUGCUGCUGAAAUUAGAGACCCAACAACUAAAGAAAGGCAUUGGCUUGGAACUUUUGAUACUGCCCAUGAAGCUGCCCUAGCCUAUGACAGAGCUGCCCUGUCAAUGAAGGGCACUCAAGCAAGAACAAACUUCAUUUACUCUGACACUUCAACUUUCCAUUCUCUUCUCACUGCUUUUGAUGUUCAAACUAAUUUGCUUCCUAAUUCUGAUCAUUCUCAUUCCAAAUUACAACAAAUUACUCCUCCCAUUACUACUCCCAAUAACCAACAUAACAACAAUAUCUCAUUUGCUCAAUCUCAGGCCUUAAAUCCUUCUGUUAUUGAUGAUCACGACAGCAAUUUCUUCUUCUCUAAUGAUUCUAACUCAGGUUAUUUGAGUUGCAUUGUUCCUGAUAAUUGCUUGAAACCUCCUUCAGAUUCUAACUACAAAACCCAACCUAAGAACAUCCAUUCCUCUACUACUUCAAAUGAUCUUAAAAAAUUCAGUUUCUUUGCCUCAAACUCCAUUGAAACUCUCCCUUUUGAAGGUUUGGAUGUUUAUAAUAAUAAUAACAAUGGUGGUUAUGGAUCUGUUAUGGAGGAACAACAGGAAAUUUGGGAGAGUAAUGGAGAUGAACUGUCAGCUAUAAUUAAUAGCUCUUCUUCUUCUUCUAUGGUGGGUGAAAAUGGAGGUUUUCAUCCAUUUAUGAACACUUCUUAUGGUGGUUUGUUGCCUCAAUCUUCUACUUGUUCUCCUUCAGCUCCUUCUUUUGGUGAGGCAUUUGAUUUUGGGUAUACAUUACUUUGAGUAGCAAAUGAACUGAAGUUGGUGAAUCUGUUUAAAAGAAAGUGAUUAUUAUUAUUAUUUUUUCAUGCAUGUACUUUCUGCUUUUGUUUUUCCUGUUGUGAUAUGAAGAAUCCAUGUUUUAUCU